AUGUUAAAUGGAUUUUUUUUCAUAUUUCUUUUAGUUGUUGAUGGAUUAAAAGCAGAAAAAGGAAUUGACCUUAUAAUAAGCCCGCACAUACCUAAUUAUCUUGCUGCAAAUAAGUCAUUAACUAAUAUUUCAAAAGAUGAAAGGGUCGAACCCUUGGGCGAGUGGGGGGGUGUUUUGGGUCAAGCUUACGCGCAAAUUAUAACGUGGGGUGCUAAAAACCUUUCAGAUGCUAUUACCGAUAUACAAUUCCAAGAAGGUGAUUAUAAAACAUUAGUUGAUCUUGCGAUAAAGGACUUGGAUAAUAAUAAAUCAUUUGACAAAA